CUAAGCAUGUAAAAAAUAAAUAAUCAAUUAUUAAUUUUGGAUUUAACAGUUGACUUGCUUAGACCUUUAAUAAGAAUUUAUUAAUCUCAAAAUGACAUCAACUGACAAUGGCACAGCUGGAAGCUCUGAGAAUUAUAAUUCCUUUUCAAGAAACAGUAGUUAUGUGAUCCCAGGAAUUUAUGAAUUAGAAAUUGAAGAUACGAAUUGGGUUUUAACAUCAUCGUUCAUUAUUUUCACAAUGCAAACGGGUUUUGGGAUGCUGGAAAGUGGUUGUGUGUCUGUUAAGAAUGAAGUCAAUAUUAUGAUGAAGAACAUCAUCGAUGUUGUGUUGGGUGGUUUCACUUAUUGGAUGUUUGGCUAUGGAAUGUCAUUUGGACGUGGCGCUUUUUCAAAUCCUUUCAUAGCUUUAGGAGAUUUUUUGAUUGAUCCGGGUGUUGAUGAUCCAUUAAUGGGACAAAUUUUCGCAGCUUUUCUUUUUCAACUUUCUUUCUCGACUACAGCAACGACAAUCGUUAGUGGUGCAAUGGCUGAAAGAUGCAAUUUCAAAGCUUAUUGUUUAUUCUCCUUCUUUAAUACACUUGUCUAUUGCAUACCAGCAGGAUGGGUUUGGGGUGAACAUGGAUUUCUAUACAAUAUGGGAGUAGUUGACAUAGCUGGAAGUGGACCAGUUCACCUUAUUGGAGGUGCAUCAGCGUUUGCAUCUGCUGCCAUGUUGGGGCCAAGAUUAGGAAGAUAUGCAAAUGGUAUUGGUUCUCUGCCUUUGGGUAAUCCAGUGAAUGCUUGCAUGGGAUUGUUCGUGUUAUGGUGGGGAUGGUUGGCAUUUAAUUCAGGCAGCACUUAUGGAGUCUCAGGAUCUAAAUGGAUUUAUUCAGCACGUGCUGCUGUAAUGACAAUGCUUGCAUCUUUUGGUGGAGGGUUUUGGGCUGUGAUGUAUUCGCUCUUUAGAAACGAAGGUCGAGUGGAUAUUUUCGAUCUGAUUAAUGGAAUUCUUGGUUCAUUAGUGUCUGUGACUGCGGGAUGUUAUUUAUACCACGCUUGGGAAGCAAUUCUUGUCGGAUUCAUUGGAUCUUUUGUUGUAAGUUUCGUCACACCAAUGUUUGAUAGAAUGGGAGUAGACGACCCAGUUGGUGCUUCAUCUGUGCAUGGCAUUGGCGGUAUUUGGGGUGUAAUUGCUGUGGGCUUGUUCGCAGACGAUCCAAAACCUUUAAAGACAACUAGUGGUAGAACUGGAUUGUUUAAAGGUGGUGGUUGGGAAUUAUUCGGGAUUCAAUGUUUGGCAGCGUUGUGCUUGCUAACUUGGGGAGUCCUCUCGACAUUUAUUCUUCUUUGGGUCAUCAAUAAAAUUGUCCCAAUUCGAAUGGAUCCAAACGAAGAAUUGCUUGGCGCUGAUUUAAUGGAACAUCGAAUAAAUCACACUUCGAUUGGAAUUUCUCGAGCACUUUCAGCCUUAGCGCCAAUUAAAGUCGAUUUGAAGGAAAUGAUGAAUGUGCCGAAGAUUGGAAGGAAUCCUGGACACGACAGUUGCAUUCAGGAGAUUCGAGAUGCUCACUACCAAAAUAACAACGACUGGUCUUCUUACGACAAAAACUCGUCGAAAGCGUCCAUUCGAAGGAAUCAAAAGCGUAAAACGUCUUUUUCGUUUCCGACAAGUUUCUUACCGAAACGCAAGGGUUCACGCACAAUUUCGUUCGACAAUCAUGCGUUUGAAGAAGAACGAGCCUCCAUACAAUCAGGAAUCGGUGCAAGACGUGCUGUCAAGCUUUCAGCUCGAGAAAACGCUUUGAACUCGGUGAAUCUUCGUGACAGUUUCCUGCCAUCGCUUUCAAGUCGGAUUGAUAAGAAAAAAAAUGAUUCAAACUUUGCUUGGAUUGAUUAAUUAAGAUAAGAAAUGAAAGU